AUGUGGCGGGCUGGUGUGAUAUUGUUCGUUUUAGCAGUGGCGACAGCGUCUCCCCCUGUCGUGCGAACGAGGGAGGAAAUUCAAGAAUAUAGGCGAUUUCUUGAAGCGUCAAAAACUAGCGAUGGCAAUGGCCUCCUGGUCUUCAACAAAAUAUCCCCCCUUGCGAAUCCAGAAGAGAACAGUGGCAAAUACCAGGGAGACAUAAUUCUGGAUGAUUACAUGAUAGAAGCCAUGUUGGAAAGCUACGCCACUGGUCGUAAUGCCUACACCUGGCCCGACACAAAAUGGCCAGACAACACCGUGGUUUGGGAGUUUGGUGAAGGCGAAUUUGGUUCCAUACAGCAGGCUGCGAUUGAAGACGCAAUUGAAGACAUUCAGAACCACACGUGCGUGAAAUUCCGCCGUCGUGAACCAGAAGACACGGCUUAUGUUAAACUUACGGGUGGUUCUGGCGGAUGCUACGCCCACGUUGGCUACUGGAAGCCGAGGGGUGAGCACACCAUGAACCUGGCUAGGAACAUCCCUGGAGCCGGCUGCUUCCGUCAUGCCACCAUAGUCCACGAAUGGAUGCACAUACUGGGCUUCCUACACAUGCAGUCCACGUAUAAUAGAGACAAUUAUGUGAACAUAGUAACAAAGAAUCUUAUGUCAGGCACAGAACACAACUUUGACAUAUAUGAGUCGGAUUUGAUAAGCAACUUGGGUAUUGAAUAUGACUACGUCAGUUGUCUUCACUACGGACCAUAUGCCUUCAGUGCUAACGGAGAAGCAACUAUUGUCGCUUUAAAGGAACACGAGGGUACCAUGGGCCAGCGCCAAUACAUCACGAGCAAGGACUGGCUUCGCAUCAACCGGCAUUAUAACUGCGCUGGUGCUUGGGAUCAAGGAAAUGUGUAAAAUCAUGUUAAUCUGUUUUUAAUAAAGUUUAUAAACGUUAA